AUGGGAGUGUUGGGCAUCACACCUUUCCUCCAAAAAGUCUGUCCUUCAGUAAUCAGGACACUCCCGAACCGUCUCAAGGAUUUGAAGGGCAAGACGAUCGUUAUUGAUGGAACCCUCAUCACCCAACGUUUUCAUUUCGCGCCUGACCCUCGAGAGCACAGGCACGUCCUAGGAUGGUACCGUCUCAUGGAGGAAUUCCGCGAAAGCAGCGUCAAUGCAAUCUGUGUAUUUGAUGGGAAGGAGCGUAAUGCUGCAAAGGCUGAUGAGAUCGAGCGGAGAAGACACGUCCGUCGAGUCAAUACCGUUCGCGCUAACAUAGAGGCAGAACGCCAGACUCGACUACGAACUCUGACCGACUUAGUCAAAGUUUGUCAGUCUCUCGAAGGAGAUGAACGUCAGGAAGCGGUCGAAGCAUUACAGAACGUCAUCGUGGACUCCCCGUCACCUUCCGAAAUUGACCCCAUGCCUCUUGUGGAUGCUCAAAAGGAAUUGACACCCGAGAGCUUGACAGUUCCCCCCACACCAGAAUCGGUAGUUGUGGCCGAUGGUCUGUUGCAAGACCCAGUUGUGGCACCCACGGGAGAUGAAAAGCCACCUGGACCACCAUCCUUAGAUGCCUCGUUGUACGACCAACCCACGCCCAUGGAAGCUCCAUCUAUCCUCGAUACAGAGCGCACCACUCGAGAAUUCAGCCAGCGAGAACCUCCUCUGCCGGGCAGACCUGCCCCUCCCGAAACCAUCGUCAAAACGGCCGAUUCUGCGUCACCAGCCACCGCCAAAGAUAUUCCCUCAUCCCUUGCCGCUCUUUACCAAAAUUAUCGCCAAAGCAUCUCCAAACUCGACGGCCUCAUCAUCCCUCCUCCAGCUGCAGACCAACCGAGUACUGACCUGGAUGAGAAGGCCAUAAAAGUGGGGUUCAAUUCGCCAGAUGACAUGGAAGUGAAAGAAGAUAUCGUGAUGUCCAAAAACCAACAAUUACUCACUCUCGCGGAAGGCAAGUUCUGGGAAUCAUUAGCCCAGUCUGUCUCCUCUAUCCCUCCACAACCAGACGCACCCGUCGGACCACCACCCACCUCCGAACCCACUCCUACUGUUCCAACGCCCGACUCCGAACAACAACCCUCCCCCUCCUCCCUGGAAGAAUCUCUCCGUCUCAUCUCCGACCGUUCCAAUAUUAUCGCCGAAUCAUACCGUCUGCGUAGGAACGCUCCCACCAGCGAGACGUACUCCGAAUGUCGUGAGCUUCUCGCCGCGAUGAACGUUCCUAUACUAGAGGCGUCGGGUCCGUACGAGGGUGAGGCGUUGGCCGCGAGUUUGGUCAUUCAUGGUUGGGCGGACUAUGUAGCCACAGAAGACACGGACGUCCUCGUCUACGAAGCCCCCAUGCUCCGCAACAUAACUUCCCAUAAAUCAUCAUCCCCGCUCACCAUCAUCUCCGGCCCCGAAGUCCGCUCCUCUUUAUCCCUCGCUCGCUCAUCAUACGUCGACUUUGCACUUCUCCUCGGAACCGAUUUUUCUAGGAGGAUCAAAAACAUGGGGCCGACGAGGGCUUUGAAGUUCAUCCAGGAUUAUGGAAGCAUCGAGGAGAUCUUAAGGAACGUCGAAGUUGGUGGGGUGAAGAAGGACGGGCCCGAGGUCUCUGGGGCGAGUGGCGGUGGGGCUGACGUGUUGACGACGAGCGAGGGAGGUGAGGAGCCGAAGGAGAAGGAGAAGGAAAAGCCGAAGGGAAGGGGCGGCCGAGCCAAGAAAGUCCCUAUCGUUGUCAAAGAUGAGAAGGAGGCUCGGGCGAAAGGUGGGGUCGGGAAGGAGGGGAGAAGGUAUCACCUUGCGGUGGAAUGGGGGACGUAUAUGGAGCAGGUGAGGGCGGCGAGGAAGGUGUUUGAGACGUUGCCGCCUGUGCCGGACGAACUUCAAGUUAUGGUCAAGGCGCUGUCUUCGAUUGACGGGAUUGAGUCUGCGCCGGCGGAUGAGAAUCUGCCGCAUGAGACGGAGUCGUCUUUGGACGAUCUAUCGGAAAGGAUGGAGGAGGAUCCGAUGUUCACAGCGCAAAUUGAUAUCGAUGCCGCGAUGGCAGCGCUUGCCAUCGGGUCCGAUCCAGGCCUCUCCUCUUCCCCGUACAUCUCCUCUAUCCCUCCUGAUGAAUCUCAAUCCGAAGACCAACCUAAAAUCCGCGAACCGACGGCACCUAUGGUCGAUGGACUCCGGAUGUGGCAGACAUAUGAUGAAAGGGAGGUAGACAAGGUGUUGAGCAAGUAUGGGAUCUUAAGGUAUAAGUAUCUCCACUUUUAUGGUGACGAUGGGCCUAGUGGAUGGGAUUAUUAUGCUUCGUUGGCAGGGAACUACUUCAGUGACGAUCCGCAGGUUCUAUGAACUGGUACGGUCUGGCUUGUUUAUCAUCAUGGCUUGGGUCGUUAGCAUACUUACUUUUUUGCAUCGCACGGAAUAUUGCACACACAUCGUCGUCGUCGUUAUCGCAGUCUUGUCACUCAGGACCAUCGUUCUCGCAUCGCUCCCAAUCUUAUAAAUUCUUGUAUAAUACUUGCCUGUAGUAUCGUAGUAUAAUCGC